AGUCAAGGUUGCGCAGAGAACAGAUUUACUGGACUUGGCGCAUUCUGAUCAUAAACUAAAUUCACUUUGCUUUCAUGCAAGCAUUGAUCUAUGAAGAGGAAUAUUACUUGUUGGAUGACUUGACUUUCAAAUUGGCAGAUUCUCAAGAAAAAGAAGCUAAUAUGCAGAGAAGCAUGGCAAUGAACAUAAAAGAGGGAGGACUUUAGAGACUAAGCAUCUGAACUCUUAGUGACAGCAACAUUGAUGUUUAGUUACUCGAGGUAUGAAUCCAUUCAUAUUAGUUACUUCUGUUAGUUCAGUUGACUAAAGAGCAGAUGCAUUACUUUGCAACCUCACAAAACUUUAUUUUCUGGACCUCUUUAGUAAUCAGCAACUGCAAUGCCAACUCUCCUUUUUCCUCAAACAAGCCAAACAGUUGCAUGUAACUCCUAUUCUAACAGUGGGUACAGAACUCUUCAGCUGUUCAUGAAGGAUAUCCAGGUACCUGGUGACAUUGUAACUCCUCUUCAUAACCAGGAAGUGCCCUUCCAGCGCCCGACAUCGUUCAAUGGGCGGACGAUAAUGCGCUUUCCGCUGAAGCACCACCAGAUUCGGCAGCCCGAGGCCCAACCGGAAGCGGCGGAGUACUGGCUGGUGAACGUGACGGUGCAGCGGAGCCCGUGGCCGGUGUGGGUGAUGGCGUCCACAGAUUGGAGAGUCGAGAACCUGGUGGCGGUGGUGCUGCGGCUCUACGCCAAGGAAGGCAGGUGGCCGCCGCUGCUUUCGGCUUCACUACUCUCGGUUCAGCCUCGAAUGUUUGGAUCCGAAAGAAAUGCUGAUUGAUGUGGGCUCGAGGAACUUCUUCCUCUGCCUCAAUCCUGCUACGUUUCACAAACUGCUGGCGACGACGGUACGCAUGAUCGAUGACCUUCGACCGUUCUACUCUCAUCAUCGUUCUGCAUCUGCUCCUUGCUCGCAAUACACUCAGAAGCCAUUCGAGACGAUGAACAUUAUUCCUAUCACCCCUUCCCAACCCCAAAGAGCUGAGAGCACAUAUUGCAAGGAUAGCUCAGCUCAACCGGUGGUGACACCUCAACGGAGCCGUCAGACCCUCCUACAAUAAAUUACCUGCGACAGCGUGGGAUGCACAGAAUUCGCAUGUUCUCGCCGCCGCCGCCGUCGCUUCAAUUAUUGGGCAUACAGGCCGUUCAUCUCCGCUCGUACUCGCCAUGCUACGUUGACUUGACUGACCUCUCAUGUUCUUCGCCGAGCAAGCAGGUACUUGUUGAACUAUACAUGUAGUAAGUAAUUGGAAGCCAUUAAAUAGUUGCACAAGUCAUUGCAAUUUGGUUUCCAUGAUUUCAGCUUGUCAAUCUUCCUCCAUGAGUAGCUAUUGCACACACUCCAUUCCAUGUUGGAUGCAUGUGGUGGGUUGAGGAUUGUACCACAUGAAUGAUAGAAGAUUCAGAGUGGCUGUUCUCUCGGUCGUUUUUUACCCAUAGUUCUCUCUUGGUCUUUUAGUAUGUUUUAAUAGUCAAACAACAUUGUGAUGAAUGAUUAGCGACAAAAAGAAAAGGGAAGAAAAUGAUGUUUUUUUUUUAUCGAAAUUAAAAAUAAAUAUUAACAUAGUUGAAUAGCCCCAUUUUCGAUUGGAUUCAUCAAUUUCGAUUGAUAAAAAAAAAAAAUCAAAUUACUUCCAACAAGAUUGGAACAAAAGUUACUAAAAUUUAUUUUUGUUCAUAUUUAAUCGGUUUGAAACUGUUGAUUCUAAUUUAGGAAUCGGAAUUAAAAUCAUAUGAGUAGAACUAUUGAGCCGAUUCGAUUCUAAGUAUGAGUUAAUUCUAUUUGGAUUCGAAACAAACUGUGAUCACAAGUCGUUAGGAACAGUAGAAACCAUUAUUACUUACUAUUAUUAAUGCAUGGGACCUGUAGAUCUGCGCCGCCAACUCUUCUCGUGUUCUCUGGUUUCAUCUUCUUCCUUUUUGUUGUUAGCUUCUGUGACUUCCUUUCUUCUCCUUUGGUUUAUACCAAUUCACCAGCCUUUGGCUUCUUCUUCUUCUUCUUCUAUCUUUGCUCGGUUAGUCGUUUUACCUUGGGGAUGUUUAUUUAUGGACGGUGGGAUAGGGGGAGGAAACGACCAUCGCAUAUAAAAUGGCUGGAAGAAUCAAGUAGCAGACCAUCUUUCAUCAUUCCUUUUCUUGCUAGAAGCAGGGGAAGAGACCUGUGGCAGUGGGGUUAGAUCUUGGUUUCGGGCGAGGAGCCAAAGAAUCUUAAAGCUGAAAGCUUUUCUCUCGAUAUCUUCCUGGCGUCUUGCUUCAUACGUCUAUCCAGGGAGGGAGAGAGAGAGAGAGAGAGAGUAGGGUCACGUUUGUUCUCUUUCUUUCCCGGAGGAGAAGAGAUGGACAGGCUCACUUCGACGGCCCUGCUGCCGGAGUCGUUCCAGGGGGCGAGGGACGACAUCACGGAGCAGAUGGGGAUGGUGUGGCAGCAGAUCAAGGCCCCGGUGAUGGUGCCCCUGCUGCGGCUGGCCGUGUUCCUGUGCCUGGUGAUGUCCGUCAUGCUCGUCGUCGAGAAGGCGUACAUGGCCGUCGUCAUCGUCCUCGUCAAGCUGUUCGGCCGGCGGCCCGAGAAGCGCUACAGGUGGGAGCCCAUGCGCGACGACCUCGAGCUCGGCAGCUCCUCCUACCCCAUGGUCCUCGUCCAAAUCCCCAUGUACAACGAGAAGGAGGUCUACCAGCUCUCCAUUGGAGCUGCGUGUGGCCUCUCUUGGCCGUCGGACCGCAUCAUAAUCCAAGUGCUGGAUGAUUCCACGGACCCGGUUAUUAAGGAUCUGGUGGAGGCGGAGUGCCGGAGGUGGGCGAGCAAGGGGGUGAACAUCAAGUACGAGAUCAGGGACAACCGGAGCGGCUACAAGGCUGGCGCGCUCAAGGAGGGCAUGAAACACAGCUACGUCAAUCACUGCGACUACGUCGCCAUCUUCGACGCCGACUUCCAGCCCGAGCCCGACUUCCUCUGCCGCACCGUCCCCUUCCUCCUCCACAACCCCGCCGUCGGCCUCGUCCAAGCCCGCUGGAAAUUCGUGAAUUCGGACGAAUGUUUGAUGGCGAGGAUGCAGGAGAUGUCACUGGAUUACCACUUCACAGUGGAGCAGGAAGUCGGAUCCUCUACAUACGCCUUCUUCGGCUUCAAUGGGACUGCCGGAGUGUGGCGGAUUGCUGCUCUCAAUGAAGCUGGAGGUUGGAAGGACCGGACCACGGUAGAGGACAUGGAUUUGGCUGUUCGAGCGAGCCUCAAGGGUUGGAAGUUUGUCUUCCUUGGAGAUCUCAAGGUCAAGAAUGAGCUGCCGAGCACUCUCAGGGCGUACCGGUAUCAGCAACACAGGUGGUCUUGUGGCCCAGCAAACCUAUUCAGAAAGAUGGCGAUGGAAAUUGCUAACAACAAGAAAGUGAGUCUGUGGAAGAAAGUACAUGUGAUCUACAGUUUCUUCUUUGUUCGUAAGGUGGUAGCUCACAUUGUGACCUAUGUAUUCUACUGCGUGGUUAUCCCUGCCGCUGUCCUGGUUCCUGAGGUGGAAAUACCCAGGUGGGGUGCGAUCUACAUCCCUUCCAUCAUCACCCUUCUCAAUGCUGUCGGAACUCCACGGUCUCUUCACUUGCUGGUGUUUUGGAUCCUCUUCGAGAACGUCAUGUCCCUGCACAGGACAAAAGCCACCCUCAUUGGCCUGUUGGAAGCAGGAAGAGUGAACGAGUGGGUGGUCACAGAGAAGCUAGGAGACACUGUGAAGGCCAAAAUGGCGGUCAAGGCCGCGAGGAAGCCACCGAUUAGGAUUGGCGAUAGAUUACAUCUACUGGAGCUUUGGACAGGCGCUUACCUCUUCUUCUGUGGGUGCUACGAUGUGGCCUUUGGGAAGAACCAUUACUUCCUCUACCUCUUCCUCCAAGCAAUUGCUUUCUUUGUGGUCGGAUUUGGUUACGUCGGCACGUUCGUCCCCGGUUAUUGACGGCCGCAGUUGAGUGCAUCGCCUAAGGACUUCAUCUUCUACCUCGAAGAAACCAUUUGUUUCCUCUCGUAUCGUGUAGGAUUCUCCUGUGAAUACACAGCCAAGCAAGCAUCAGCGUAGUGGUCUAUAGGCAGCUGAUAGAUACAAGGAAAGGAGCAGGAAGUCGUCAAUCUCUUGACAGCAGCUGCGGCUGUGACACAGAAAACUGGUUGUAUCAACCAAAAAUAAGUUUUAAUGGGAUGAAUUAGUCUAAAAUGUAUUCUUUCUUUUCAUGGUUUUGAUCGAGAAGGAACCGAUAAUUCGAUAGAUUGAAGGUAAACUUUCAAAUUGUCA